UGCAUGUGUUUGACAAUUCAUAUCGUGUAAUGAACGUUUUUGAUCACUAAAAAAAAUGAUUGAAGCCCGGCACUUUGAGAAUCAGGAAAGACCUCCCGAUCCUGGCACAGUAAGGGAACAAUGGGGUAGAAUUAUUGCAUUGUUGCCCCAAUUGGAUUCAGUAGACCUCAUCGAACCAUCACUGACAUUGGGUAGAUCUGAACAAUGCGAUAUUAUAAUAUACAAGUCAAAAUUUCCUCCAGAGCACCUACUUCUCAUUAGCAAAGAACAUUUUCGGAUUGCCAGAGAUCCGGAAGAUGUUUAUAUUACUUACAUAACCGACCUAAGCAAAAAUGGGACUUACGUUAACGGUAGGGUAAUUGGAAGGAAUAAAACCAUUGUUUUGCAGAAUAACGAUGUUGUUGCAGUAGGUAAUAUGUUACAAGUAUACAUAUUCAAAUCUAUGAAAUAUUCAGUGGACGAUAAUUAUCUUCCAUCGUCGUUGAGACAGAGGUAUGAGCCGUCUCUGUUAUUAGGCAAAGGUGCUUGCGGGGAAGUUCGAUUAGCUUACGCAAAGCUGAGUUGUAGAAAAUACGCUAUCAAAAAGAUUUUGAAAGCCAGAAAUACACCUUCGCAGAUCGAAAAUAUAAAUCACCCUAGUAGGAUACAGGCUGAGGUAGAUAUUCUACAAAGGUUGUCACACCCCCUGGUGGUGAACAUGGAGGAAAUCGUAGAAACAGACGACACAGUGUUCAUCGUUUUGGAGUAUAUAGAAGGCGGCGAGCUUAGUGCAAGAAUUUCCCUCCUCAAUCUAUUGACUGAAUCCAACGCAAAGUUCCUAUUUUACCAAAUCGUUCUGGCUGUGCAAUACUUACAUUCCCAAGGUGUUACGCACCGGGAUCUCAAGCCCUGUAACGUCCUUUUAACCACCGACCACCCGCAGACCCUCAUCAAAGUUACCGAUUUCGGACUGAGCAAGCUGUCGGAGGGUUGCGACAUGAAGACAGUUUGCGGCACCUUAUUCUACAUGGCGCCGGAAGUAUUAAAUCCUGCCAUUUCCGAAUACGACAGACAAGUCGACGUGUGGAGCUUGGGUGUCAUACUGUUUCACAUGCUUUCAAAGGAGCUGCCGUUUCGAGCGAUGGAUAAAUGCACCUUAAGGAGGCUCAUCGUGACGGGGAAGUACAAUAUGCGCGGCCUGCCUUGGUACGAGGUGUCGCCGGCUGCUAAAGAUUUAAUAAAGAGGAUGUUAACGAUAGAUCCUAAAAGGCGAAUAACGGUAGACGGGAUUCUGGAUCAUCCGUGGAUUAAAAAGGACAACUUAAUGAUAUAUCGGGUGCAACAGUUAUUGAAUACUCCUAAGUAAUUUCAAGUUUCCGAGAGUUAAAA